AUGCGCACGGUAAAGAUGGGGAUUUGCUUGUGGAUGACGCGCGGCUGUUUGCUGAUCUUGGAGACGUGUUCUGCGCAUGGGGCAGUGUCCUCCCGUCACUAUGAAGUGGUCUACCCCAGCCGAGUGGACGCCAAAGGCCACUUCCUGUCCCACGUCCUGCCCCACCGCGCUCCCAGAAUGCACCGGAGGGCCACAGCGGAGGACCCCACAGAGGAGGACUCCCAGGGCCCAGAGUCUCUCUUCUACGGGGUCGUACACAGUGGCUAUAGCCUGCGCUUCAACCUGAGCCUGAACCGUGCGCUGCUGGCCCCGGGGGUCCUGAGCGAGCGGAGGUACGGAGGUCUGAGGGGGGCCACGCUGCAGCCGCCGGCCUCCACGCGGUGCCACUACCUGGGAGAGGUGUGGGAGGGCGACCGGCUCAAAGGACGGGCCGCCAUCAGCACCUGCCGGGGUCUGACCGGGAUGUUCAAGUUAUCGGAGGAGGAGUUUUUUAUCGAGCCCCUGGAGCAGCCUGACCAGGAUGUGACCGCAGCUCAGGCUCACUCCAUCUACAGACGCAGUGACAGCCGGGGCCCCGCGACAGCUCCAGGGGCCACGGACUUCUCUGCAGCCUGUGGACUCAGAGAGUCGGUGGAGCAGCUGGAGCGGCUGCAGAGGCGGCGCAGGGAGCGGACGCAGCGGAGGAAGCGACGCAUUCGGCCUCGCUCCGUCAGCUCGGAGCGCUGGCUGGAGACUCUGGUGGUGGCGGAUCACAAGAUGGUGGAGUACCACGGCAGCGGCGCAGUGGAAGGAUACGUGCUGGCCGUCAUGAACAUGGUGGCAGGCCUGUUCAGUGAUGCCAGUAUUGGGAACGCCAUCAAAGUGGUUGUGGUGCGGCUCAUUCUGCUGGAGCAGGAGGAGGAGGAGCUGAAGGUCACUCACCACGCAGACACCAGCCUGAGCAGCUUCUGUAAGUGGCAGAAGAAAGUCAACAUGAAGGGAGACGAGCACCCGCAGCACCAUGACGUGGCCGUGCUGCUCACCAGGAAGGACAUCUGUGCGUCGGGGAACUCUCCGUGUGAGACCCUGGGCUUGUCCCACGUGGCCGGGAUGUGCCAGUCCCACCGCAGCUGCAGCAUCAGUGAGGACACAGGGCUGCCCCUGGCCUUCACUGUGGCACACGAGCUCGGACACAACUUGGGGAUGCAGCACGAUGGCAGUGGGAAUGAGUGUGAGCCCGUGGGGAAAAGGCCUUUUGUCAUGUCUCCUCAGCUGCUCUAUGGAACCUCUCUGCCCAAGUGGUCGUCCUGCAGCCGGGAGUACAUCACACGCUUCCUCGAUCGUGGCUGGGGAUGGUGCCUGGACGAUCCCCCUGGACACCCGCAGGUGGAGGGGAACUCUCUGCUACCGGGUGUGCUCUAUAGCGCCCCCCACCAGUGCCGCCUGCAGUACGGCCCCAGCUCUGCGCUCUGUCAGGAUAUGGAUGAUGUGUGCAGUGCUCUGUGGUGCAACGUGGGACACACCUGUCACUCCAAACUGGACGGAGCCGUGGACGGGACGAGCUGUGGAAAUGACCAGUGGUGCGUGAGCGGGCGGUGUGUGUCAGUGGGGCAGUACCCGCAGCGUGUGGAUGGAGGCUGGGCUUCAUGGAGCCAGUGGUCAGCCUGCACCCGGACGUGUGGCUCUGGAGUGCAGAGUGCCCAGAGGGACUGCACCAGCCCCCCGCCUCGGCACAGGGGGAGGUACUGUCUGGGUGAGCGCAGCAGGUAUCGUGUGUGUAACCCGGGGGUGUGCGCUCAGGAGCAGCCCAGCUUCAGAGACCUUCAGUGCAGCCACUUCAACAGCCUGCCUUACAAAGGACAGCUCCACAGCUGGGUGGCAGUCUACAACCGAGUCAGCCCAUGUGAGCUGCACUGUCGGCCACUCCACCAGCACUUCUCUGAAAAGAUGAGGGACGCUGCGGCUGAUGGAACCCCGUGCUACGAAGGAGGUAGCAAAAGCCGAGAUAUGUGCGUCAAUGGCAUCUGUAAGAGCAUCGGCUGUGACCUGGUCAUCGACUCCAGCGCCGUGGAGGACCGCUGCGGCGUGUGCAACGGCAAUGGAUCCACCUGCGCCACCGUGCACAGGACGUUUGACCAGAGCCAGGGACUCGGGUACGUGGACAUGGGCCUGAUCCCAGAGGGCUCCUGGGACAUCCGCAUCGAGGAGGUGGCAGAGGCGGCCAACUUCUUAGCCCUGCGCAGCGACUCUCUAAACAAGUACUUCCUGAACGGCGGCUGGACCAUCCAGUGGAACGGGGAGUACAAGGCUGCAGGGGCCGUGUUCUCGUACCAGAGGAGUGGGCAGAAGGAGAGCCUCACGUCCCCGGGGCCCACCACCGAGUCGCUCUGGAUACAGCUGCUGUUCCAGGAGUCCAAUCCUGGAGUGCAAAAGUCUGGGCUGGUGGACUUCUCGACCUUCCUGACCAUGAUGCACCGGCAGAUGCAGCAGGAGGACCCCGAGGCCGAGAUCCUGGAGGCUCUGAGGAUGACGGACAAGCAGAGGAAAGGCUACAUCCAGGCCACAGAGCUGAGGGCCAAGCUCACCACGCUGGGGGAGAAGCUCACGCACAAAGAAGUGGACGAUCUGUUCAAAGAGGCCAAAGUCAAACCAAACGGCAGCAUCGACCACGUGAAGUUCACUCAGAUGGUGACGCUGCCCCCGGUGGACUACUGA